AUGGACGCUUCAUACCACACUCGCUCUAACAGUUUUCCUUCUAGACGACACCCAAUCACUUCAGAAGUUGAUCAGCAUUUAUGCAGAUUAAGGGAUUCUCAAUCUACUUCUACAUCAUCAUCAUCAAUAAGCCAUCAGAUAUUAGGCCUUCAAAAUUUGCAUGAUUGUGUUGAUCAGUUGCUUCAGUUGUCCAUGUCUCAACAAGCUUUAGCCCAAGACCAGAAAAAGCAAUCAGUUGAUGAGCUGUUGAAUGGAUCUCUUAGGCUCUUGGAUAUCUGCAGCAUUGCUAAGGAUGCCUUGUUGCAAACUAAAGAAUCUGUUCAAGGACUUCAAUCCAUUUUCCGCAGAAGAAGAGGCGAUGAUCUUGAACUUACAAUUGAAGUUAAGAAAUACUUGACCUCCAGGAAGACAGUAAAGAAGACCAUCCAAAAGGCCUUGAAGAAUUUGAAAGGCCUUAAACACCGAAGCUCUUCUCCAAUCUGUGAGGAACAAGAGAUGAUAAGCAUGUUAAAAGAGGUUGAUUCCGUCACCUUCAAUGUAAUUGAAUCUCUUCUGUCCCUUAUCUUAGGGCCGAGGGCUUCAUCAAAGUUAAGCAGCUGGUCAGUAGUUUCCAAGCUAAUAAUGCAACCAAAACAGGUAGCAUGUGAGGAAACAGACCCAAAUGAGUUUGAAGAGGUGGAUGCCGAAUUAUCUACCCUCCUCAACAAGAAAAGCACAUGUGAAAACAUCAAAAUCCAGCUUCAAGAGUUGGAGUCAAGCAUUCAAGAUCUUGAAGAUGGACUUGAGUCCUUGAGCAGACGUUUGAUCAAAACUAGAGUCUCUCUUCUCAACAUCCUCAACAAUUAG